AUGGAUCCUUUAAGGAAAGCCUCACCAUCGGCUCUGCAGCGACUUCCCCCUCCAGCUUUAUUUCAGGGGCCUCCUUCCCAUAAUGCUUCCAACAUUUCCCUUUCCGUACCACCGGCCCCAACAUUGGCAACAUCAACGGGCAGUCAACCUCCGCCCCUCGAUCGGAAUCAGUCCCACAGCAGCACUCGUGCCAAUGCGGAAAACCGUGGUCUUCUUUCCCCCUUUAUCUCUAAGCGCCCCUCAAAAAACGAUGUCGAUGGGUCAGACGCCAUCUGGCAAGAGAUGCAAAGUGCUCUAUCUGAAGUCGAAUUGAGCGCUGUGACAAGCGAACACGUUUUUGGCGAAAAACACGCUGAGGCAUUAGAAGAUCUGCGCAUGAAACAAUUAAAACUGGCUCAGGCCUGGGCUCGCAGUGAAGCAGACGAUGAACUCGUUGAUUCCAGCCGCAACACUACAGAUGGAGAUAACACUGCGCGACAUCCUGCAUCGACCGACGCUAAAGAUGCUCUGCCGAAUGACCAGCGCUCUACUGGAGACCGUUUUUUGCACCAUACACUGGAUGAAGAGACAGAGAAGGAUAUUAAUCUUGCGCGUAAGCGGCGAGAGGCAAAUGACCGCUACUUUGACCGUGUUAACCAAGGAGUGUUGGACGUUGUUGCCAAACUUGAAGAGGUCUCUCGAGCCAUGCGUGCCGUGGAGAGGGAAAGCAAGGAUAUUUGGAGCGACACGGACAGCCUUACAACAGACGAAGCUUCCCCUACUAAUGCAACUUCAUAA